UAAAACCUACACACGUAUUACUGGGGGCUGAGCUAUUGUCUGUGUGUUUUCUUUCUCGAGUGGGUGGGGAGCCGAUUGGAAGGCUGCGGUGAGAGAACUCCAACAGGAGACUCAGGCUGAUGUUGUCUGUGAUGUGCUUCUCCCCUAGCUCCGGAAGAGAAGGAGGUCAUUAGAGGCCAGUAUGGAAAGCUCACGGAUGCUUAUGGAUGCUUGGGGGAGCUCAGGUUAAAAUCGGGUGGCGUGUCGCUGAGCUUCCUGGUUUUGGUGACAGGCUGCGCUUCUGUGGGCAGAAUUCCAGAGGCCGAAGUCUACAAAAUCACCGCCAUCGACUUCUACCCGCUCCAGGAAGAGGCCAAGGAGGAGGACCGCCUCAGCGCCCUGAAGAAGAUCCUCAACUCGGGCGUCUUCUACUUCUCGUGGCCCAACGACGGGUCUCGCUUCGACCUCACCGUCCGGGCACAGAAGCAGGGCGACGACAGCUACGAGUGGGGGAACGCCUUCUUUUGGAACCAGCUGUUGCACCUGCCCCUGAGGCAGCACCAGGUGAGCUGCUGUGACUGGCUGCUGAAGGUCAUCUGCGGCGUGGUGGCCAUCCGCACGGUGUACGCCUCGCACAAGCAGGCCAAGGCCUGCCUCAUCUCGCGCAUCAGCUGCGCGCGCGCGGGCGCGCGCUUCCACACCCGCGGCGUGAACGACGAUGGCCACGUGUCCAACUUCGUGGAGACGGAGCAGACGAUUUACAUCGAUGAUGGCGUGUCGUCUUUUGUCCAGAUCAGAGGCUCGGUUCCGCUGUUCUGGGAGCAGCCAGGGCUUCAGGUUGGUUCCCAUCAUUUGAGACUCAACAGAGGCCUGGAAGCCAAUGCCCCAGCUUUCGACAGGCAUAUGGUGCUGCUGAAGGAGCAGUAUGGGAAGCAAGUGGUCGUAAACCUGCUGGGGAGCAGAGGCGGAGAGGAGGUGCUCAACAGAGCCUUCAAGAAGCUGCUCUGGGCUUCUUGCCACGCCAGCGACACGCCUAUGAUAAACUUUGACUUCCAUCAAUUUGCCAAAGGUGGGAAGCUAGAGAAAUUGGAGAACCUGCUGAGGCCCCAGUUGAAGCUUCACUGGGAUGACUUUGACGUGUUCACCAAGGGCGAGAAUGUAAGUCCACGUUUUCAGAAAGGAACACUGCGGAUGAACUGCCUCGACUGCCUGGACCGAACCAACACAGUGCAGAGCUUCAUCGCCCUUGAGGUCCUUCUCCUGCAGCUUGAGAGCCUGGGGCUGAGUUCAAAGCCCAUCCCUGACCGCUUCGUGGAGUCCUUCAAAACCAUGUGGUCUCUGAAUGGGCACAGCCUCAGCAAGAUGUUCACGGGCAGCCGGGCCCUGGAGGGGAAGGCCAAGGUGGGGAAGCUGAAGGAUGGGGCCCGGUCCGUGUCUCGCACCAUCCAGUCCAACUUCUUUGACGGGGUGAAGCAGGAGGCCAUCAAGCUGCUGCUGGUCGGGGACGUCUACACGGAGGAGUCGGCAGACAAAGGCAGGGUGCUGCUGGACAACACGGCCCUGCUGGUGACCCCCAGGAUCCUGAAAGCUAUGUCGGAGCGCCAGGCGGAAUUCACAAGUUUCAAGCGGAUCCACAUCGCCAUGGGGACAUGGAACGUGAAUGGAGGGAAGCAGUUCAGAAGCAACCUCCUGGGAACAGCAGAGCUGGCGGACUGGCUGCUGGACUCGCCCCGGCUCUCCGGAGUUGCCGAACCCCAGGAUGACAGCAGCCCAGCUGACAUAUUUGCUGUGGGGUUCGAAGAGAUGGUGGAACUGAGUGCGGGGAAUAUCGUCAAUGCCAGUACCACCAACAGGAAGAUGUGGGGUGAGCAGCUUCAGAAAGCCAUCUCACGCUCUCAUAGGUACAUUCUCUUGACCUCGGCACAGCUGGUGGGCGUCUGCCUGUAUAUCUUUGUGCGUCCGUACCAUGUCCCGUUCAUCAGGGACGUGGCGAUCGACACGGUGAAGACGGGCAUGGGAGGCAAGGCGGGGAACAAGGGCGCCGUGGGCAUCCGCUUCCAGUUCCACAGCAGCAGCUUCUGCUUCGUGUGCAGCCACCUGACGGCCGGGCAGUGCCAGGUGAAGGAGAGGAAUGAGGACUACAGGGAGAUCACCCAGAAGCUGAGCUUCCCCAUGGGACGAAACAUUUUUUCUCAUGACUACGUGUUCUGGUGUGGCGAUUUAAACUACCGCAUUGAUCUCACUUAUGAAGAAGUCUUCUAUUUUGUUAAACGCCAAGACUGGAAGAAACUUCUGGAAUUUGAUCAGCUGCAGCUGCAGAAAUCCAGUGGAAAAAUUUUUAAAGACUUUCAUGAAGGCAGCAUUAAUUUUGGACCCACCUACAAGUAUGACGUUGGCUCCGCCGCCUACGACACAAGUGACAAGUGCCGCACCCCCGCCUGGACAGACAGGGUCCUGUGGUGGAGGAGGAAGCAUCCUUCUGACAAGACAGCUGAAGAACUCAACCUUCUAGACAACGACCUGGAUGCUGACACCAAAGUCAAACACACCUGGUCCCCUGGUACCCUAAAAUAUUACGGCCGGGCAGAGCUGCAGGCAUCUGACCACAGACCUGUGCUGGCGAUCAUGGAGGUGGAAGUACAAGAAAUUGAUGUGGGUGCUCGAGAGAGGGUGUUCCAGGAAGUGUCCUCUUUUCAAGGACCCCUGGAUGCCACCGUCGUGGUCAACCUUCAGUCGCCAACCUUAGAAGAGAAAAACGAGUUUCCUGAGGAUGUGCGCACCGAACUCAUGCAGACCUUGGGGAAUUAUGGGACAAUUGUUCUUGUCAGGAUCAACCAAGGGCAGAUGCUGGUGACUUUUGCAGACAGUCACUCAGCUCUCAGCGUCCUGGAUGUGGAUGGUAUGAAGGUGAAAGGCAGAGCAGUGAAGAUCCGACCAAAGACCAAGGACUGGCUGAAAGGUUGGCAAGAGGAGAUCAUUGGAAAGCGGGAUAGCAUGGCUUCCAUGUCGCCCACGGCCAAUUCGUGUUUGUUGGAGGAAAACUUUGAUUUCACGAGCUUGGACUACGAGUCAGAAGGGGAUAUUCUCGAAGAUGACGAAGACUAUUUGGAUGAGCUAAGUCAGCCUGUGGCCUCAGACAGUGAACUGGGGGGAGACGACCUUUCCGAUAGCCCCAGCUCCACAGCAGCGGCACCUCCCAGCAAGUCACCUGCGCUAACCAAAAAGAAGCAGCAUCCUACCUACAAAGAUGAUGCCGACCUGGUGGAGUUAAAGCUGGAGCUGCAAGCAGUUGGGGACUUCCACCACCGUUCUCCAAGUAGGUCUCUGUCGGUCCCCAACAGGCCUCGGCCGCCUCACCCACCGCAGAGACCCCCCCCUCCAACUGGUUUGGUGGUGAAAAAGGCCGCCUCGGAUGCGUCCAUCUCCUCCGGGACCCAGGGGCAGUACUCAGUCUUGCAGACAGCAAAGCUUCUGCCAGGAGCGCCUCAGCAAGUGCCCAAAGCUAGGACCGGGAUAAGUAAACCGUAUAAUGUCAAGCAGAUCAAAACUACCAACGCUCAGGAGGCAGAAGCAACCAUCCGAUGUCUCCUGGAAGCCAGUGGAGGCGCCCCAGGAGAAGCCCUGGAUGCCACCGAUCUGAGGGACGAAGAGACCCCUAAACCAGAGCCCACAGCAGGAGUGGCCCCACUCCUGCCACGUCGGCCCGCACCCAGGGUCCCUGCCAUCAAGAAGCCAACCUUGAGGAGGACAGGAAAGCCCACAUCGCCAGAAGAACAACUUGGGCAACAGCCUGUCCAUUUCACAAUCGGGCCCCUGGAGACCAGCCUUGAAACCCCUCCUCUAGUGGCAAUCCCUCCUGUUCCCAAACCAAGAACACUUCAGCCCGGGAAAGGUGCCGAGAGGAGGCCCAGCGUAGGCAAGCUGGCGCCAGACCACGCCCCUGCCGCGGCCACAACGCCCCCUCUGGAGGGGCCGCCUCCUGUGCCUCAGGUCCCCCCGAGGAGGAAGAAGUCAGCCCCCGCGGCCUUCCACCUGCAGGCUCUGCAGUCCAGCAGCCAGCUCCGGCAAAGCCUCACCUGCGGCGGCGGCGGCGGCGGCAGCAGCGACUGUCCCCCUGCACUCCAGCCUGACGGGGGCGCUCUGUUUCCACAACCGGCUUUUCUUAGCACGGCGUCAGCGGCGAGCCCGGAGGCUGAUGGCCCCAAGGAGACAAAGCCAGAGGCGGCCUCCCUUCUGGGUGAUCAUCAGGAUCCCUUCUGGAGCCUUCUCCACCACCCUAACCUGUUGAAUGAUGCCUGGCAUUCCAAGAACUCUGACGCCCUGGACUCAGGGCCCUGGAACCUCAGAAGGGCACACACAGCCCCCCUGCAAGUCAGUGGCUCAGCUGCCCGGGAACCGCCCCCGGAGCACAGGCAAACAGACUUCGGUCGCUGGGUGGCGAUCGGUGACAAGAACAAGAGGACGGUGCUGCAGGCGUUUGACCCGCUGGCAAAAACAUGAGCGGGGAAACGGACCGUCUCUUGCAGAACGCGCGCCUUCUUCCUUUAGGCAGCGCUUUCCAGGGAAAAGCCAGUGGCCUCAACCAAAAGAGACAGCUGUGUAAAGGCACACCGAAAAAACGUUUGUACUUCCGUCACUCUUGUGUACUUUACAAAGGUCGUGUCUCUUAGUCAAUAAGUUUAUUAUUCAGCCACCGAGAUGUGUUUUAUUCCAGACUUGGCAUUUUGAGUUUCCCCUCAGGGGCGUGGGAAACCUCCGAUUAGAUUCACUGUGUGGGUUUUGGGAAGGAGAAUGAGCUGAUAAUGCCUGAGGAGUUGUGUCCCGUAGAAUUUUAAGUCGUUGUUCAGUUGAUGUGUGUACAUGGUAUUUUUAAAAGUUUGUUAGUAUUUUACAGAUUUGGAAUAAUUUUUUUGGUGACCCACCUGAAGGUUGACGCAUUAAGUCAGGAUUACACCCAGAGGUGGUUGGGACCAGCAAGAGCCGUACCUGGCCUGCUGGCACCAGGUUAAAAAAUCAGGAAGCAGCAAAUAGGUCCACGAAACGACUAGGCUGUCCAUUCCUAGUGUGAGCCUUAUGUUUAUUUAUGCACGUGUAUAUCGACCUUGAUCGUGCGGGAGAUGGUGUCUGCAUUGGUUUGGUUCUGCAGCAUAUACCAUUUGCUUAACCUGAGCUUGAACCAGCGGACGAGUCCUGCGCCCCGUCUCAGAUACCACAUGGCCCGUCCAUGGCCAGUCCUGAGUUUUUUUUACACAUUCUCCAUCCCCUAUUAAAGGAAACCUCGUUGGGUCUUUUUUUUCCCCAUAUCUUCCAUCCCUGGUGAAAGCACACAUGUGAAAACUCAUUCUUGCACAUCAUAUUGAUCCUCGUUGUUAUAAUAUGCUGAAUAUUUGUUUUGUUGUAGCCCAGUCUGCCCGGCUGCAGCUGCAGGAAGAAAAGUACCAUAUGUCCCUACAUGUCAGAAACCCAGGGUUUGCUUAUCUGUAUGUUUACUAGGUUUGUUUUUUACCCAUACACUUCCAACACCACUUCUUACCUAUUUAAUCAUUUAAAAAGACAUCACCAUGCUGUUUUACAUUUAAAAAAUGUUAUAAGGCCUAAGGUCCAUUUGGAAUAAUUCUAUUUUUGCUAAUAAGAAAUCCACUGGCAGAAUCUUAGUGUGUCUCAUCCCAUAUUUAGGAGACUUUCAUGUCAUAGACUCAUACAGCAAUGGCCCUGCAUUGUCCCUAAUGUGCGUGGGGGACCCCUGUACUAAAUUCUGACGGUUAGGACAGCAGUGAUCAUUGCCUGGGGAAGACCACUCUUACCAAUCAGACCUCUGGGAUUUCUCAAUUAUUUCUCAUCACCAAGAUCAAAUACAGAUUAUUUAAAUCUGCACUCAAAACAAAAAACUACUACAUUUACAUAUCUCACUUCACCUGAAAACUGACGAAGCAAACGGUAUUGGUGAUCCACAGAGAUAAACAGAGAACACAUGUAGUAGUUGAUCAAUUGGAAAAGAUGGCGUUUCUGGCUCAAGGUGAUUAGGACACCUUCUGUAGUACAUAUUUUACAUCAUUGUUACCUCUCUCACAAACACAAGCAAACAACGUAAUCCUUGAAAGAGCUAAGGGGAGAAAGAAAGCAAGAUGGCUAAUCGGCUUGGAGAAGUUAAAUGAUCUGCUAGGAUUCACACUGCUACUGAAAGUAUAAUUUGAAAUGGAAGCAAAGAUUUCUUAAGUGCUCUUUUUUUCUGUAACCUUUUCCCACCAAAAAAGGAGGUGAAUUUGAAAGCAGGUGAAUGUAAUGACCAAUUAGAAAAGCGUGGGAAAGUCAGACCAUGAGAGUCCUGUGAAUAGGCCUAAUUUCAGGGGUUCUUCUUUGUUCUAAAAAGCAAAUAGCCAGUAAACAGUACAGAGAACAGAAUUUCAAUUAAGACAGGUGCUCGUCACACAAGUAGCUCUUAAGGAUUCUACAGUAAGUAUUAAUGCACAGAAUUGUGUUGACCUUGGGAGGCAGGUCACCAGAAAAAUUACAGUAAGUUUAGCAUGAAGAAUUGAACAAAUAUUGGAUCAUGGGUGUUCAAGCUUAGUGAACAACACAGACUGGAUUUUGAGUUGACAAUAUAUAAGGUUCUAACACCAACAUUCUCUUUAAAAAAAGAAAGACAAUUGGAAUUGCCUUAUUUAUUUUUUAAAUCAAUGCUUAAUAGUUGGUAGGCUUCCUGGAUUAGCAGCAGAGUCAGUUGAAUAACCUUGACAAUGAAUAGCUGACAUCGGGGGCAUUUCAUUCUGUGGUUUUUGUAUUUUUUGUUUUUUUGAUGUUCCCACACAGGGCUUUUUACUGUGACCUUGUUUAUUUCAUGACUUUUCCGUAAGACAUUACAGUUCACUGCAGAGUAUUUUAGGCAUAGUACUUUACAAUUCAACAUCAUCUCUGACUCCAAUUACUAUAUUUCUUUUGACAACAUAUUCUCUGACUUCUUGCCUGUUUUAAAAUUUUAUUCCAGUUGGACAUCUGCCCAAGCAAUUCCUAUAAAAGUUCAAAGUUGUUGAAGUUUAAGACACUUAAUAAAAUCCUACUGAUGUGUAUAAGUAUAAAAGUAAUGUAUUAAAAUGUGUUCUUUAUAAUGAAGUGAUUUCAUCAAAAAGGAAAGCCACAAAAAUUAUUUAUUGACUGAUUGGCAAUUAAUAAAAACCCUGUAAUGUUUAUUUGAAGUGAUAAUUUGUACUGAACUUGUAAAAAACAAAAAACCUAUUAAAUGUUUUGUCUUUUUUUUUUUUUU